AUGCCGACGCCAUCGAGCAACCCACCGCCUGAGCUGCCGCCCCGAUCGCACAGCUCAUCGUGCCCAGACGAGCUACGUGCAUCCACAUCCUCGUGGCGACCUGAUCAGCACGAGGUGGGAGUCGACGAGAUGCAUGUAGAUAGCGACUCGGCUGCGUCUCCCGAGUCCGUCAGCGCGCCUUCGCUGGCGUCGACGGCUACCAUCCUGGCGGAGGACGUCGACAUUGAUUCCUCGACAGACUCGCCCAGGCCCGAGUCUCGGAGCGGCGGCGAAGCAUCACGACACACAUCCGAAGACACAGAAGUUGACGAGGGCCCGUCACAGUCAAGCAGCGGCAGCAAGGCUGCCGAAACCGAUCAUGCAACGACGGCGGCGGAGGACGGGCCCGAAGACCUGCGGAAAGCUACUGCAUCGGACCGGGGCAGCGCGGCUUUCGACAUGGCCUCCCCAACGAGUGCGGACGGCACCAAAACGGAAGACAGGACCGUGUCAAGUGCCAAGAUGCAAGACGACUACUUUGUACCACAGAUGGGCUAUGAGUAUUCCAAUGUUCGGAUAAUGCCGACAACGACAUCCUCGUACCUGCGCCCAGGAAGCAAAUUCCACGGCACGCAGCAGUCGGAACGACAAAUCUACGACGUACAGGUAGAAAUCAAGUACGUCGAUCUGCGGGAGUCGUUCUUAUGCGGCUACUUGAAGAUACAAGGCCUCACGGAAGACAACCCCACGCUCACAACAUACUUUGAGGGCGAGAUCAUCGGGUCGCGGUACAGCUUCGUGACCGGCCACCCGUCGUGGGGCGCCACCGAGAAGGUCGACAUCAGCCACUGGAACAAGUUCAGCGCGUUCCGGCCGUACGCGAAGACGGUCAAAAAGGGCGGCCACGUGACGAUUCCGAACCUCGCGAGCAGGGAUAACAUCUUCAUGCGGUGGAAGGAGCACUUCCUCGUGCCGGACCAUAGAGUGCGCACGAUCAACGGUGCUAGCUUCGAGGGCUUCUACUACAUCUGUUUUAACCAGCGCGAGGGCAGCGUCUCUGGCAUCUAUUUCCACGCCAAGAGCGAGAGGUUUCAGCAAUUAGAGCUCAAACACGUCGAGGAUAGGGGCUGCUUCGGGGCCAUGGAAUUUCGAUGA